AUGGCCGCCGCCGCAGGCCCACAGACUCCCCAGCGCCCACUCCCAGGCGCAUUCACCGUCACACCCGCGCCGCAAGGCCAGACGAUAUUCGCUGCAAACGCCGCCAGUCUACGACAGAAUCUUCAGCCUCAGCAGGUGGAAACGAGUGGGACAACCAGCGCAACACAACAAGAAUCGAACGUGGAACGCGCCGCCAAAACAAUCCACCUCGCCCUCGAUGGAGACCAGAAAUACCCGGCGCUGGAGGACUACAUCACCCAGGGCAUCAGCGGAGAGUAUGAUUUGCCGUCAGGUCAGGCAUGGCAGCCAUUCCAGAAGCUGAAGAUGCAUGAUCUGCCACCGAGAUUGCUGGAACAGGCGAAUCAUGCGAGUAUGGACAAUCAGAUGGGCGUGUUCCCAGCCUUAACACACGCGUGGGUGGCACUUGACAACUGCCUGUACCUGUGGGACUACACAUUGCCCAAUCCUGAGAUCAUUGGCUGGGAGGAGAACAGCCACCCCAUCACAGCGGUCAAGCUGGUGAAGCCAAAGCCCGGCGUCUUCGUGGCUGAUAUAAAGCACUUGAUAGUCGUUUGCACCGCGACUGAGAUGCUGUUCCUUGGUGUCGCUGCUCAGACAACCUCCACUGGCGCCCAGACCGUGGCGCUGUACAACACGCGGAUGGCCAUUCCCGUGCGAGGCAUUGGUGUUCAGCACAUCACAGCAUCUGAUCAGUCUGGACGCAUCUUCUUCACCGGAAGUGCUUCAGAGGACAUCUACGAGUUUCAAUACCAGCAAGAUGAGGGGUGGUUCAGAGGAAAGACGAGCCGGAUAUGUCACACCAAAGCUACCAUGAGCUUUGUGCCGGAGAACUUGAUGGUGGUUGGGUCUAUGUUUGGGUCGGCUGCGAAGACCACAUACGUGACACAAAUGGUCAUUGACGAUUCGAGGAACUUGAUGUACACGCUCAACACUGCGAGCGAGAUCAAGGUCUAUCUCAUCAAGGACAGACUAGAGAGCUCACUUAGGCGGCCACUCUCCGGACUUCUGCAGAAUACUGGUCACUUCAAUCACCGGACAGAGCUCCUCACUGGGAGAGAUGUCAAGCUCGUGGGUAUCAGCGUGAUCCCGCGCGCAGAAGCUGGUAAGGUUGCUCUCGUUGCCACAACCAGCACAGGCUGCAGACUGUACUUGUCCUUGACUCGAGGUUAUGGUUACGAUGCGAGCGCCGAGAACCCACCUUCAAGUGCACAAAUCUUGCACAUCAGAUAUCCUCCGAAAGAUCCAGCCGCACCACGAGCUCCGGCGCAGCCCAGCCAGACGACAGCAAUGACACCCUACGGACAGCAACCAGAACAAGUUGACACCAACACGAGAUAUCUUGAUGGCAUGCACAAGGCGUUUAGAUUCUCACCAGGCUACUGGAUGGCAUUCGCUGAGGAUCCCACAGACCCGCAGCGCAAAGACCGGGUGUUCUUGACCGCUACCGACACCGCUCGCAUGGCCAACCAGACUGGUGCGGCACCCAACACCAAAUACGCCGAACAUGGUCAGUGGAUCAAUCUGCCAUCGACACUGGCUCAAGUCAUGCCGAUGGGUGAGCCAUUCAAAGCCAAUGGCGCGCCUCUCGGCUUUGGUAACGAGCUUGCUGUGCAGUUCGACCAGGAGACGCCAGAGUUUGCUAUUGUAACCAUGGCCGGCGUGCAGAUCAUCCGUCGUCGGAGGCUCGUCGACGUCUUUGCUGCAAUGCUAAAGCAUGGCUCGACGGACGAGGAGGGAGUCGAAGGUGACAUCAAGCGUUUUGUGCGUAUAUACGGCCGAACAGAAACAUCUGCGACCGCACUGGCUGUCGCAUGUGGGCAAGGCGUUGAUGUGGCAGAGAACCGCGUUGCGACCAUCACGGAACCUGAAGUUCUCGAGAAGGCACGGAAAGCAUACAUCGAACAUGGAGGUCGUCCGGACUACAACGCCAAUGCCGACAGUGGUGACAACCCGACCAACGCUGUGCGAGCCAGUGCAAGACACGAUGGCACAGCUUUCUACAUUGCAAGAAUGGUCCGUUCGAUAUGGAAACAGCCCAUCAUCAAAGACAUUGCGAAGCCUGGCGCUGGCGUCGAGCUGGUUUCCACCAUCAGCAUCGACAAGUUGAAAAAAGUACAACUCAGUCUCACUUCACUGCGGGACUUCCUCGAACGCAACAAGAGCUUCAUCGAGGGUCUGGCUGGACCUCAGGCCAUGACUCGUGCUUCGUCUCGCGCAGAAGAGAUUGCUACACAGGGCGAGCAUCAAUACAUGCAUGGCCUGCUGCAGCUCGUCAACAGCAUAAGCGAAGGUAUCAGCUUUGUUCUCAUGCUGUUUGACGAGAAGCUCGAAGAGAUCUUGGCAAUACUGCAGGACGACAGCAGGAGGAAAGUGAGGGAGCUCACAUUCGAAUCACUCUUCACCACCGCUACAGGAAAGGAGCUCGCAAAAGAGCUUGUCAAGGCAAUUGUCAACCGAAAUAUCACCAACGGAAGUAACGUCGAAGCUGUGGCAGAGGGACUGCGGCGACGAUGUGGCAGCUUCUGUAGCGCUGACGAUGUGGUCAUCUUCAAGGCGCUCGAGCAGAUCAAGAAAGCAGAGGAGAAAGGAGCGCAGAGCGAGGAGGCUCGUCAGCUCCUCAACCAGAGCACCAAGCUGUUUCAGAAGGUCGCUGCUAGCCUUUCUUUCGAGAAUGUCAAGCUUGCCGUUGAGAGCUACUACCGCAUGGCUUUCUACGCAGGCGCCAUCCAGCUGUGUCUGACAGUGGCGCUGGAGCAGGACAAGUCGAAGCGGGCUCUUGCUUGGAUGCGAGAUGGCAAGCCCACAAAUGACGAGAGAGAGGCUGUCUAUAACACACGUCUCCAGUACUACAGCUUGAUCUUCGAGACGAUAAGACAGCUCGAGAUCGACACCAGAAACGAGCCCGAGAUGGUGGACGGCAGAACAUCACUGGCGAUGAAGAGGCGAAGCGAGGCUUACGAGAUCAUCGAUCACUCUGAUGAUGUAGUCUUCCUCACGAAUCUGUACGAUUGGUACUGCAACACUGGCGAAGGCGGUUUCAGCCAGCCGCAGCGUCUUCUCGAGAUCGACAACCCGUACGUCGUGGAGUACCUCAAGAAGAAGGCUGUUGAGUUCCGUGGUCAUGCAGACCUGCUAUGGCGCUACUUUGCGCACCAUAACGACUACCUCCAAGCGGCCGAUGUGCAGCUCGAUAUUGCCCGUUCGAGCUUCCAAGGCUUGACACUAGAAGACCGCAUCAGCUACCUUUCCCGGGCACGCACGAAUGCCAGCACUCGCCAGACCAUCCUCACCGACUCUCGACAGAACAAGCAGAAGCUACUACGCGAGAUCUCCGACCUCCUCGAAAUCGCCACUGUGCAAGACGAACUUCUCCAGCGCAUCCGCUCCGAACAACGACUCAACGACGAAUCUCGCGCCCGUCACAUCGAGAUCCUUAAUGGCAGCAUCCUCGCAGUCGAGGAACUCUACAACCAAUAUGCCGACGCAGCAAACUACCACGACCUCUGCAUCGUCCUCUACCAAGUCGCCGACCACCGCAACCCAGCCGACAUCCGCAGCUCCUGGUCAGCACUAAUCCAACAAACCAGCGAUGAAGCACCCGCCUUCUACGGCAACACACGCGCCCCAUGGGAAGCAGUUGGUGAGAAAGUUCGCGAACUUGGUCGACGUCUGCAUACCUCGAGCGCGACGUUCCCAAUCCCGACCCUCCUGCCGAUGCUCGAGAAGUACGCCUACGAGCAACCGGAACAGCGACGACCCCCGAUCAAUUGGGCAGUGGAUGUGUUCCUGGAUCUCGACAUUCCGCAUGAGACGUUAUUGCCGGCGUUGGAGCAGCUGUACUACAGUAAUGAACAUCCCUUUGUUGGGUCGAAGCGGAAGAUCAUCGCCAACAAGAUGGUUUAUCUCCUGCAGAAGUGGUUGGAAGCCAGCGAGAGGAGUGGUGAGAGGGUUCUGUUCGGAAGCGAGGAGAAUGAAGAGACGGUACGACAGUGUGUUGACUCCCUUGUAAGAGGCGAUCUAGAACAGGGCUGGAGACAGGCUGCUGAGGGUAUCAGGCAGAGACUGAACUAUAGGUAG